CCUGUGGAACAGGGGAGAGAAUCUGUUAGAGACAAGCUGGAGAGAGUCCGGUGAGGAAUUUAACAGAGAGAGAGAAAGAAGCGACAGCUCACAGAGAGAGAAAAAAACACAAACCGAAAUUAAACAGGAGCCAACACAAUGUGUGGUCCAAAAGGCUCCCAACACCAGAGAGUACGGGAACCCCCUGAAGGCGGCUGGGGAUGGGUGAUCGUCUUCGAUCUCUUUGCGAUCAAUGUGUUGGCCAUGGGAAUACUGAAAUCAUUUGGGAUCUUAUCUGUGGCACUUCAGGAAACUUUCCAGGCAUCUAUGGAACAGAUCAGCUGGAUUGGAUCGAUUAUGUCAUGUGUACGAUUAACUGCAGGUCCAAUUGCUUGUAUAUUCUGUGCAAAGAUAGGCGAGAAACAAACUGGAAUUCUGGGGGCAGCCAUGGUAUCUACUGGAUUGUUCUUAAGUUCAUUCGUUGACAGAAUUGCCUUGCUCUAUGUCACACUUGGUUUAUUGGCAGGGUGUGGGUUCGCCUUCCUAUCCCAGGCUGCGGCUCUGAACACAACCAAGUACUUCCGCAGAAAGCUUACCACAGCAUGUGCCAUUUCCCGCUCUGGCACAGGACUCACUUUCGCCGUGGCUCCAUUCCUGCAGUAUCUUCUCAAUGAAUAUGGCUGGCGAGGUGCGAUAUUGAUUCUGUGCGGACUAACACUGCACCUGAUUCCACUGGGGAUGCUGAAUCGUCCAAUUUAUUUGAAGCAAGACCAGCCCAAGGACUGCGAUCGGAGGGAAUGUUACCAGCGGCAGCUCCCCAAGGACAAAAAGGACAUGAUCGCUGCUGGAGUAUCAAGGGCACAGCUUCCCGUCCCUUGCUGUGCCAAACCAGUCAGAGGAUCUCUCUCAAGUCAGAACAGACAAGAAGAUUCUAACUCUUUACAAAGUGAUCCGAAACAAGCCACGGAGCCCAGUGCUGCUGAUGGAUUGUCAAUUUUACAGCCUAAGGAACUCUCCUCUUCCCACGAUCCUAUUUCGUUAAAACAAUUGCAUUCAUCUGCUCUACCUGGCUGCAAAGUCCAAAAUGGUAACUCAAACCAGUUACUAGCCACAGUUACCAUGCCGACAGACACAAGACACAAGGGAUUGUGCAGGGAAUUUGGUCUACAAUUGAAGUCUGUUUCUGACGGUGUGAGAAACCUCAUUGACUUUACUCUGUUGACAAACCCAGUCUUUAUUAUUUAUACAAUUUGCACCUUUUUCAGCCAAUUGGCCUAUUUCAUACCAUACUUUCAUGUGGUUGCCAAGGCAAAGGCUUUGGGCAUACAGCCAUUCCAAGCCACCUUACUCAUUUCGGUUGCUGGAAUCGUUGAGAUUGUGGCUCAGCUUAUCUCUGGCUACGUCGCCGACCGUAACUUGAUAGCGAAGUAUCAUUACCACAAAAUCUACUUGCUGUUUUGUGGAGCUGUCAAUCUGCUGGCACCCCUAGCAAAAACGUUCCCGUCACUAAUGGUGUACAUAGUGUUCCUUGCUGUAUUCUGUGGAGGUUAUCUGACUUUGUUGCUUCCAGUCCUGGUUGACUUUAUUGGAAUCCAUAGAAUACACAAAGGAAUGGGCCUGUACCAGUUCUUUGUGGGGAUUGGUUGUUUGAUAGGACCACCAGCAGCAGGUGCUCUUCAUGACUACACCAAAAAUUACGAUGCUUCAUUCCAGCUGGCAGGAUCCUGCUACUUUGUUUCAUUCUUAGUUUUAUUCUUUGUUCCACUGGCUGAGAGGAAACUGUCCAAAGAAGCUAAGAAAAGAGUAAUAGAAGACUCCAAUAACUUGGCCCUGGAGUGUAAUCGCCCUCCAUCUCUUGAGCGCCCACCAGUGAAGGAGUAUCUAGAGUUGGAAAGCAUGGUCUAAAAGUGGCCCUACUCUGCACUGCUUCAAUGAACAUGGGCAUUGGGAGUAACCAAUGGGUUUUGCCAGUACUGGUGCCUUCAAUGUGGAUUUAACAAGGUAAUAAAUGAAUGAAACCACUUCUGCCCAACAGGGAAGAAAUGCAAAUGGAUGUCACAUAUCACAUUGAGGAGAAACAGGAAGUUUGAUGGAUCUUUAUGGUUUCACUUUUAAUACGAAUUCCAAGACAAUCAGCAUUGGAAAGAAGGAGCGCUGCACUUUAUUUGAAAAUUCAUAUUGAAUCCUGAAGAAUAUAAGCAUUUCGACACAGCAAUAUUUAUAUUUUCAUUUUACAGGCUUUGAAUGAGUGUAUUUAACAAUAGACAACUGAGGGAUUGAUGUGAGUAAAACCAUCAGUGUAAAGGAUGUUUUAAAGGAUUGGAAGCGACUGGAACCCCUUAGUGUUUAAAAUUAAAUCCAAGGUUACAGUUAGUCAAAUUGUAGAAUUAUUCUGUUAUGAACACUGUGGAAGUCUUGAGAUCAUAUCACCUCACUUCCUUGCUCAUGAAGUAGCAAAGAUGAUAUAAUUUGGGGGAAAAGUAUAUUGUAUGAAGAACAAAGAAGACCGAAGUGUAACAGAGGACGAGUGUAUCACUGUCGUGGAAUGUGGAUCAGUGAUUCCAAGUUCAAAUCUAGUUCUCUAAGGGAUGUAAUGCUGACUGUAGACAUAAUAGACUGCAGUGUUGUUCAUUAAUUAAUAUGGCAUCUGUUCCUUUCCAUCCUUUCCUCCAUAUAGUGCCUUGGGACAUUUUUUUAUAUUAAAGCCGCUGAGUAAAGGUAAGUGGUUAUUGAUUGGCCUUUCAGUCUCGUAUCUCAGUGUUUUAUGAUUGAAAGUAGAGUUGUUCUCUCCCAGUUUAUUCAGUUUGAUUUAGUACCUUUCUUCACUCACUAAAAGUUCAUUCCCUGCUCUUGUCUCCCUCACUUUCUCUCUGUGUUGGAUAUUAUUUUAUUUCAUAAUUCCUAUAAAUCCUCUCCAGAUCUUUAUUAAAUCUUGAUUUGUUAUGCAACUAUGUUUGGGCUGAUGUUUUGCUAUUCUGCUGGGUAGAUUUGAUCUGUCUCUCUUUCUCUGCCAUCAAAUUCAGCUGAUCCUGUAUGUAAAGUGGACAUUAAUUAUAUUUCUUACAUUCCUCUUUAUUUUUUGCUCAUCAAAUUUUACCUGUUGUUUAAUUGUAGACUGUCCAGGCUGUUUUGAAUUGUUUGGGGGAUGAAAGAUUUUUUCUCUGGUAGGAAAAUUGAGAUUAUGAAGAAUUGAGGUAAAAUUUACCCAAGGUCACAGAUUAUCAAAAUUCCUAGACAGGUUUGUACGUUCUUUUAUGGAAGAGAGGGAGGGGAGGGAAUUAAUCGAGAGAUUCACGAUUGUGGUUGGUAUAGUAGUGAUUUUUUUUGUUGGAAUUGCAAACUUUUUAAUGUAUUGUGUUUUGUUUCGGAGACAACGAAGUCAAUGGGGAACCAUUCAGGUGUCUAUAUUUAAGAAAAUAAUAUUUUCUACUGAGAUGUGAAAAGGUAAAAUGUGAUUGGAAAGAAGAUGAAUUAGAUUUAUGCUUCAUCAGAUAAAAAGAGGAAAUGUCCAAUUAAAAGCAAUCUUACAGACAGUUAUAAAUUGAUAUUGAUCCCUAAUUACAGUGUAAGCAAUUAGAUACACUACUCAUCUCAGUGAAUUUUAUUACAUCUUAUGACGUUGUUAAUUGUACUGCCACAGAUUGUAACUUGCAUAGUCCAGGGGAUAGAAAUUUAAAAGUAAGUGGUUUUCUGGAUAUCCCAAAACCAGAAAUUCCUGGAAAAGCUUAGCAGGUCUGGCAGCAUCUGUGGAAAGCUCAGUUUCUUUAGGGAAAAAUCCCUCUAGUUUAUGAAAGUCCCCCAGCUCUAUGCCACCUAUAGCAGAGUUAACAUUUCGGGUCCAGUGACUCUUCUUCAGAACCUAUUCUCAAGAUGCUGCCAGACCUGUUCAAUUUUCCCAGCAGUUUUUGUUUCUGAUA